AUGAGCAGUUGGAGAACAGAUCAGACGUUUGAUGAUGUAUUGGCGUAUGUAAAGACAGUGAAAUUUAUGUUCGAAGAUAAGAUUGAAAAGUUUGACGAAUUUGUGAGACUCAUACGUGAUUAUGAGGCCAGAAGAAUUAAUAUAGAAGCUGUGAAAGAAGGAGCGAUAGAGUUGUUUAAAGAGCACAAAGAUUUACUUUCAAGAUUCAAUAUCUUCUUGCCAGGAAACGAAAUCCCAAUUCCAUUGGAUGAUGAACAACAAGUUGCUGAUGAUGCAUUAGCUGUCAAAGAUGAACAACAAGGUGGUGACGAUGCAUUAGCAGACAAGGAUGAAAAGAAAGAUGAUGAAAAUCAAGGUGAUGGCGAUGCAUUAGUAGCAGUCAAAGAUUAUCAGAAAAAUGAUGAACAACAAGGUAAUGACGAUGAAUUAGCAGUUAAAACUGAUGAACAUCAAGGUGAUGGCGAUGCAUUAGCAGUCAGUGAUGAUGAUGAAUUUGCGGCCGAAGAUGAACAAAAGGAUGAUGAACAACAAGGUGACGGCGAUGCAUUAUUAGCAGUCAGUGAUGAACAACAGAAAGAUGAUGAACAACAAGGUGAUGAUGAUGCAUUAACAGACAUAGACUAUGAACAACAAAUAUAUGAUGCAUUAGCAGCCUUAGAUGAUGAACAAGAAAGUGAUGAUGAUGCAUUUGCGGCCAAAGAUGAACAAAAGGAUGACGAACAACAAGGUGAUCACGAUGCAUUAUUAGCAACCAAAGAUGAAGAGAAAGAUGAACAACAGGGUGAUGAUGAUGCAUCAAUGGUCGAAGAUGAACAACAAGGCGAUGGUGAUGCAUUAGAAGUCAAAGAAGAUGAACAUCAAGGUGAUGGCGAUGCAUUUGCGGCCAAAGAUGAUGAUGAACUUCAAGGUGAUGACGAGGCAUUAGCAGUCAAAGAUGAUCAGAAAAAGGAUGAACAUCAAGGUGAUGAUGAUCCAUUAGCUGCCAAAGAUGAACAUAAAGAUGAUGAAUAA